AUGUUCUCCACUACCACCGGUUCUUUCUGUGGACCUUCGCUUAGUCAGCCAGUGAGUUACUCACUUCUGGUGCUUCCGCCAAAGAAGGAGCUCCGGAAGAAGGGCUACAACAUGACUGAUAUCAACACAACUUCGACACGCGUACAUCCACUUGCUCGAUGGCAAACACAUGUGUUAAAGCAUGGUGCCACUUACCGUGAUGCGCUUGACGCUGUGGAAGAGGCCAACACAAAGCACUGGGGGUUCCUAAAGGCUCGCAUCCAGUUCUCCUGUGGCUCCUUUGAGUCCUUCGUGCGUACUAAUCCGAACGAUCCAAGCACAUUGAAGGGCGUUUCUACAUACGACCCUAACGGUGUCUUCCACAAGGAGACACUUGACUGCACGCUCAAGAACCGUUCUACACUGCUUCCCCGGCUGCGCGCCAUCGUAGACGGGCGGGGCCACCAUCUUUCUGGCAGCACCCCGCCGGCUCGCAGUUUCCAUCCUCAGGUGCUGUACAAGAACUGCCCACCACCUGUGCUUUCCCAGGCUGGCUAUGAUUUUACGCCCAUGAGUCACAACGCGUUCUUGCUACGCACUAACGAUCAUCCUCAGGGUGUGCGUGAUGUAAAGAGCGACUUUAUGAAGGGCAGUUGCGACUACCGUCCCAGGGCGUAUCUUCGUGAUGAGGUGAGCGGCGGGGUGAACAGCAGGCACUGCCACUGCGCAGAAGUGUACCAAGUGGGUGACUACACGAUGGAUCUGGCGCGGGGAGCUGAGAUUGACCACCGCAACCGCACCGUUAACUUUGAAUACACCAAGAAGGGGACCCUUAAGUCAGGCAGCAAUAUUGUGGGGAAGCGGCACGCACGGGUUCCGCGAUUUCCGUGUGACCACAGUGUCAAGGGCGCCUGCGCUGAUGCUGGUAUGGAUACACGGGACGGUGGCGAACUCCCGUUGGUGAGUGGGGAGGCGGUUGCCGAGGGUGCGGAACAGGGAGGAGCCACAACAAGCCCGGCUUUGCGGUCACCACGGAGACAUUGCGGAGCCGGAAACGGGAAGGGGUCGUCGGAUUCGCCUGUUGGGCGGAGCCAAGAGCGCGAAAAGCAGGUCCAGGUGCUGGUGGACUGA